GCGCUUGGCGCUGCCGGUUACUCGGUACACGACGCGCAACGGCGCACGAACACGGGUGGAUCGUCGCUGGUCGUUCGUGGCGUUAUCAUAGAGCAGCAGCGACAAAUUCCAACAAAUUGCCGCCCGACCCGACGAUUUCGACGACCUCGGUCGACACGCGUCGCGCCGCACACGUAUCUGGCACCGAGUGUGACUGCGCGACCCGUAUACAUGAUAAAAAAAAACGAUUUUUUUUAUGUCGAACGGGGAAAAUCUUGGGCGCGUUAGACUCCGAUAAUUAACCCGAGGUCGCUCCGUACGUCUUGCGGUGAAUAAGUAUCCUUCGUGCGUAGAAAGAUGGCACAGGAAUUGCGCUUCGACGGUCGAGUGGUCGUGGUGACGGGAGCGGGUGCAGGACUAGGACGUACCUAUGCAUUGCUGUUUGCGUCCAGGGGUGCCAGCAUAGUUGUAAACGAUUUAGGAGGCAGCAGGCACGGAGAUGGAAGCAGCACCAAAAGUGCGGACGCUGUGGUUCAGGAAAUUCAGCGAAAUGGGGGCAAAGCUGUCGCGAAUUACGAUUCCGUGUUGGACGGUGCAAAAAUUAUUAAAACCGCAAUCGACACAUUUGGCCGCGUAGAUGUAGUUGUCAAUAACGCCGGUAUUCUGCGGGAUGUAUCGUUCGGAAAGAUGACGGAGGCUCAAUGGGACGUCAUACACAACGUCCAUCUGAAGGGUGCAAUGAAGACGACGCAAGCAGCGUGGCCGUAUUUUAUGAAACAGCAGUACGGCCGUGUAAUUUUUACGUCGAGCAACAGCGGCGUGUAUGGAAACUUCGGCCAGUCGAAUUACAGCUCGGCAAAACUGGGUCUCGUGGGAUUAGCUAACACAUUAGCCAUCGAGGGCGCGAGGAAGAACAUUUAUACCAACGUCAUAGUGCCCACAGCUGCCUCACGUUUAACGGAGGAUAUCAUUCCACCUGAUUUCUUUGAGCAAUUGAAGCCUGAAUUGAUAGCACCCGUAGUCUUUUGGCUGUGCCACGAAGAUUGUACUGAAAAUGGCUCUAUAAUUGAAGCGGCAUUAGGCUGGGCUGGCAAAUGUCACAUAAUCCGCUCUUCGGGCUGCGCCUUGCGACAAGAUUUGUCGGCCGACGUUACACCAGAAAACGUACGAGAAAAUUGGUCGAAAGUGAUAGACAUGACAUCGACAAAGCGACUCAAUUCGGUUCAGGAAGCAACGGGAGAAUUGAUAGGCGUUCUCGAGGACAUGAAGAGUGGUGCCCCUUCAAAUGAAGUAGAUCAUGUCAUGAGAACCACAUAUAAUUUCCACGAUACUAUAUUGUACGCGCUCGGAGUUGGGGCUACAGUUCAAGAACCAACCGAUAUUCGUUAUUUGUAUGAGAAUCACGACGAGUUCGCCGUUCUACCUACAUUCUACGUUUUGUACGGACCUAUGGGAUGCAUGAGCUCUUCUAUCGUGUCAGACGCUCUUCCAUUUACAAAUGUUGAUCCAACGCGAAUACUUCACGGCGAGCAAUUUCUAGAAGUUUACAAACGACUACCUGCGGAAGCCACGGUGGAGACGCGCUUUAAAGUUCAGGACGUAAUGGAUAAGGGGAAAGGCGCCGUUGUCCUUGUUCAACAUGAUACCUAUGAUGUAGCGAGCGGAGAGAAGCUAUCGACUGGACAGAUAUCUACAUUUAUCGUCGGUUCAGGUGGUUUCAAAGGAAAACGAACAUCGACGUUUAUCAUCCCGACCGUUGACCCUCCCACUCGAAAGCCAGACGUAACGGUUAUGCAACAAACUAAUGUUGACCAGGCAGCUUUGUACAGAUUGAGUGGAGAUUUGAAUCCUUUGCAUAUUGACCCUAAUGUCGCAAUGUUGGGAGGAUUCAAAAAGCCGAUAUUGCAUGGACUGUGCUCUCUGGGAUUCUCCGUCCGUCAUGUUCUUCAGACUUACGCCGCCGGAGAUCCACAUUUGUUCAAAUCUAUUAAGGUGAGAUUUGCAAAGCCAGUUAUGCCAGGCGAGACCUUACGCACCGAUAUGUGGCGCAACGGUAACAGGAUACAUUUCCAAACGACUGUCCACGAGACUGGAGUGCCAGUUAUUACAGGAGCUUACAUUGAUCUAUUGGAAGUUAAAACGGGAAUGCCGCGAGCAAAUCCGUGUUCCGGAAAAACAAAUUUGGAGAGUGAUGCUAUAUUUGCGGCUAUCGGUGACCACGUGAAACAGAAUCCCGAUCAAGCUAAGAAAGUCAAUGCGGUCUUCCUUUACAAUAUAUUAGUUGAUGGGAAACAAAUGUCAGAAUGGACUCUCGAUUUAAAGAACGGUGAGGUACAUAAGGGAAAACCAAAAUCAGGGAAAGCAGACGCGACGCUCAUUAUAGAAGACAAAGAUAUGGUUGAAAUUGCAUUGGGAAAAUUAAAUCCACAGUUGGCAUUUAUGCGUGGGAAAUUAAAAAUAACUGGAAACAUUAUGCUCACGCAAAAAUUGAAGAGUCUUAUGGAAGCGAACAAAGCAAAAUUGUAAUUUUGCGUUGUCUUGUUUUUGUAAAUAACGUAAUUUGCAUAAUUAAAGAGGGCAGUAAAUUACGAAUUUACAUAACUGUAAGUAUAGGUUGAGGUACAUAUAUUCUUAUUGUUAUUGUUUGUUCCGACAGAAACUUUUAUACAGAAUUUGUUAUAGUCUGGGGAUAAUUUGAUUUGAUGUGACUUUAUAUACCUAUAUUGUAAUACAUUCCAUAAUAAAGUUUUCAACUAAAGAAUGUUGAUCACAAUUUAUAAAAAAA